AUGCCGGGAGAUUGGACUUCGUCCCUGUCACUUGCGACCUCGAUCGAUUUUGUCAGCGUAAAUGAUCGGAGGCUCUCCGAUACUGCCUCUGAUGGUGAAAUCAGAACGCCUCAAGCUUCCUCAUUCCCAACACCGCCGCCGAGGCACAUCUUUCUGCAGGAAACAAGGCCAAGCUACAAUGAUCGGCUGCACUCGGCUUCAGACGAUUGCCCCUUCUCCAACCCAAGGCCAAAGUAUUUGUCCUUCGAUCGGAAGGAGCCGUCUCCUCCAAAGCGUCGUGCCGAUGAAGCAAAUGUUCCAGUCACAGGGGCUGCAGAUUUGCAGCGGCCUCUGGGCAAUGUCAAUGGGACCGGCAGUUCCGAAAGCACAGUCAGCGAUCCACUUGAGCAGCUAAAACCAUUCGAUCCCUCUGCUCUAGCUCAUAAAGCACGGAACGAAGAGAAAGCGGCUCUUUCGCAGCGAUUGAUCACAGUAGCGGGCACAGGGCACCAUAACCACACAAGCUUCCACCGACCACGCAUCGAGUCAGGGCUGCCAACCUCCUACCGUCACAAUUUACACCGUGCAAGGUCUGCCUCGACUUCUAGCUUGUCACCUUCGCUUGGUUCGGUGCCUUGCUCACUGCGAAAUCACGGCACCGCAUCGCAUCACUCAUCCCUUCCUUCUGGCCUGCUCGACGGUGCAGAGAUACAGUAUACAUCGCCACCGGCUCUAGUCCCAAGCCCAGCGCUUCAUUUCGAGGGUUCCAGAGAUCAACCGUGGUCAAGCUACAUCUCAGCAAGUUUCCCUCAUCCUUCCAGACCAUCUUCCGCAGCCAGUGGCUACGGCCACUCACACUCGAGUUCAGUGCAUCGCGCUUCUUCCACUAACUUUACUCAUAGCCGCGGUCCGAGUCUUGCUACCACUGUACAGACACAUCCCACGUCUGUUGGGAACAGUUGCCAUCCUUCGCGACCUUCUUCCGUGUUGGGCAUCGAGAAUCCCAUUUCAUCGGCCGCACAGGACGCAGCAAUGAGAAUUGGAGGCAGGCCUUACCACCACGACAGAGUCAAAUUCGACGACAACAUCAGCUCCAAUCAAUAUUCGACCUAUCUUGACGCAUCUCGGUCUCGGCCAACCUUGCUCUCAGAGUCCUCUCCUCAGGCGCAAGGAGGGCUGCCGCAAAGACCUCCUGCUCAUAACAGUCAAGAGCACGAUCAGCAUUCUCAAUCGAAAUAUCGUGUACCAUCCUUGACUGCUGAGCUCGUCUACGGUCCUCGCUAUCUAGAGCCCUACAAUAGCUGCGAGGCAAUCAUGCUGCCUCGGCCACGCUUAAGGUCCCGCAGUCUCGGCUCGACCCCUGCCAUUGUCGUCGAGAGGGUCUACGCCGCCCCAGAACGGUUCUGGCAGCGCAAUGUGGCAGCUAGUGAGGCCGAUCGGCUUCACGUCGUGCCCAAAUCAACACUGGAUGCAUCGACGACCGGACACUUUGAUCGGCUGCAGCUUCCAAGCGAGCGUACUCAGCUCCGACAAUUUCCAAGCAAGGAUGCACGCAUUGUCCUGCAUGAAAGCAUACCGCCGCCAGUGCCUCCCAAAGACGCAGCAUUGCCGUCAUCAAGACUUCCUCCCACUAAGCCGUUGCCUCCUAUACCAACUCCUCCUACGCCAACGCCAGCCGCCUCGCCGCAGAAUGAUGCUGGUCGCGCCAGUGAGGACUCAAUUGAGCUUCUGGACGCAUCCGAACUCUUACAGCGCAACCGUGAGUUGGAGGAAGAGCGACAGGCCUGGCGUGAAGAGUAUCGGAACAGCCUCGGUGCGAAUGCGAUUCCACUCCGUGACCGCCUCAGUCCCUGCUUGACCGACCCAUCGUCCGAGGAGUUAGACAGAAGGCGCGUCAAUGGGUCUGCAUCCGACAAUACCCACGACGCCAAUGUGAAUCCCAUCAGAGUGCAUCGCGUGUGGAACGAAGAUGGCACGGAGCAGACCUUCUUGAUCGUCCAAUCAAAGCGCAGACGUACCUACAGCAACCACAACAUGUCAAUCAGUACCCCUGAUCUUUGCCUUGAAGGCGCGAUGCAACGUCCUAAUCCGGUCCGAGCCCUAGCAGCACGCUUUGCGAGCCUGACUGGCAGGGCUCGUGGACGCAGCGCCGCUGCUGAAACACCAAAGCCAAGUAGCUGUCUGCUACCUACUUCGCAGCGUAGUUCUGAGCCUAGCAUGCAUAGGAAGACACCCUCGCAUGCAACGGUCGAUACGGUCAGGUCAUUCGGAAGAGAACGAAAACUAGUGUCGAACGAGACUGUCAUCAUCGGCAAGUCUCCUAUACCGAUUCAAGGAUCUAACAACGGCGCACAUGUCAAGCUCGGAGCACUACGGGUGAUGACUCCACCAGUAGCUCAAGCGAUCACCCGAACGGAGGUGCACGCCACCCAUCGUGCGCCAUUGACAGGCUACAGGCCACCUCUGACGCUGAACGACCUCAAGGCUCAGCUCGGCGACCAUCCUUAUUCUGCAGUGAGGCAGGAAGUCUCAGCUGGCUUCCAUGCGAAGCGAGACCUUAGUGAGGCCCGAAUUCGUCAUGCCUGGAUCAAUCCUGGAGCUUCUACCAUUCUGCAGGAUGAUCUGGUCCCAACCGGAGCUAUGCAACCCGAUGACGCUGGAUACUGGAGAGGAAAGCACAAGACAGCAACAGCGCAGGAGAACGGUGGUCAGUCCAUUCCAGGCCUGAAAACCUCUCGCCCCUCGCCUUCCAAUGCCUCCGUAAGCAGCAGCGACUCGAGCAGCUCCAGUCAGACGGGAAGAGUGCAAAGCUGGCAGACUGCGCAGCCGUCGCGUGACAGUACUGUGAAUGGUGGCAUCACCGUUCGCGAACUCGCAGAGCAUGUCGAGACAAGCAGCGUGGCGCCUGUUGACCAAGGUCCGGCAGGGCUUGCAAUGAUGCAGCCUGCCGGAUUUCCAGCUGUAGCCUCACGUCAUUUCGAGCGCUUCAGCACAGGCGAUUCGACGGUAUCGAGGGAAGCACAUCUUCAACCUACACUGUGGGAUGCUAGUACUGUUAGCAUCGACAACCUCUUUUUCCGUCCUCCACCGAGCAGACUCCCAUGA